CUUCUCACUUUCACCUUACAUCGCUUUAUUUAAUAACAAGAACUCUACGUACCCAUCCAUACACAUAUCUCCCAGAAAAGAGGCAUUUUUCUCUGCUCCAGACUCGAGCCCUAUCAAAUUUCGUGAGAGACUCUCCGGCUAGAUAGAUCAUAUCGAAGUGUUGGCUAGCUGAGAUGGAGAGAGCUAAUGGCAACGGUUUCCAACUUAGCGUGAAGCUAAACGAACCAGUUCUAGUUACUCCUGCAGAGAAAACACCCAAAGGCAUGUAUUUCCUGUCUAACCUUGAUCAGAACAUUGCAGUGACUGUUCGAACUAUUUAUUGCUUCAAAUCGCCUGAGAAGGGGAAUGACAAGGCAGGGGAAGUGAUCAAGAACGCUUUGAAGGAGGUUCUGGUUCACUACUACCCACUUGCUGGGAGGCUGAACAUAAGCACAGAGGGUAAGCUCAUAGUGGACUGCACUGGGGAGGGUGCCUUAUUUGUGGAGGCCGAAGCAAACUUGGCAAUGGAAGAGAUUGGUGACAUAACAAAGUCAGAACCUGGGACUCUCGGCAAGCUUGUUUAUGACGUUCCGGGUGCAAAACACAUCCUUCAGAUGCCUCCUUUGGUUGCUCAGGUGACCAAGUUCAAAUGUGGAGGAUUUGUUCUUGGACUGUGCAUGAAUCACUGUAUGUUUGAUGGCAUUGGUGCUAUGGAGUUUGUGAACUCUUGGGGUGAAGUAGCCAGGGGCCAGCCAGUGUCAAUCCCCCCAUUUCUGGAUAGAAGCAUUCUCAAGGCACGGAACCCACCUCAGAUAGAGUACCAGCACGAAGAAUUUGCUGACAUUGAAGACAAGUCAGGAUCUAAGGACCUAUACGAAGAUGAGAUGGUCUACAGGUCCUUCUGUUUUGAUCCUGAGAAGCUGAAGCAACUGAAGAUGAAAGCCAUGGAAGAUGGGGUUCUUGAGUCCUGCACGACUUUUGAAGUCCUCUCAGCAUUCGUCUGGGUGGCUCGAACCAAGGCACUAAAAUUGUUGCCAGACCAGCAGACUAAGCUCCUCUUUGCUGUCGAUGGAAGGGCCAAGUUUAACCCUCCUCUACCAAAAGGGUACUGCGGUAAUGGAAUAGUACUGACCAAUUCUGUUUGCCAAGCAGUUCAGCUAUCAGAAAAUCCUCUCUCAUUUGCUGUGAACCUAAUUAAAGAUGCUAUCAAGAUGGUCACAGACAAUUACAUGAGAUCAGCUAUAGAUUAUUUUGAGGUGACAAGAGCUAGGCCAUCUCUGGCUUGUACCCUUUUGAUCACAACUUGGUCUAGGCUUUCGUUCCACACCACUGAUUUUGGAUGGGGAGAGCCUGUUCUUUCAGGGCCAGUGUCUUUGCCAGAGAAGGAAGUGAUUUUGUUUCUUUCUCAUGGGAUAGAGAGGAAAAACAUCAAUGUGCUUCUUGGUUUGCCAGCUCCUGCAAUGAAGAUCUUCCAAGAGUUGAUGCAGAUAUAGAGUCACAUUUAUCUUUAUAUGAUCGUGUCGUUAUUUAUUCCAUGAUUAUGCUCUUUCUUAUAUUCUGUUAUUAUCAGUUUAUAAAAGGGUAUUUAUUCA